GGAGCAAGGCGGCAGCAGGCGCCGAGUCCGGCGGCCGCAGUUGCUUUUCUCCGGGUGCACAAAGUUGAAACCACACUUUUGCCUGAUCUCGCAGCAUUUUUCUUUGAAAUUGAUCUCAGCUCACAGUAAGCUCACGCAGGUAGAAUGUGUCCGACUUGACGGCGCCGUUUUAAUUCCCCGCCCCUGCUCUCGUUACCAUCAAGUCGGCGAAAGUCAGCCGCAGACAUCUCGAACGCACCUUUAUGUGAAUGUGUUCAUAACUGCUCUGGUAAGGCAGCACCACCAUGCAGCAUAAAACUGACAAAAAAGUGAAUUUGUCUCCCAAUUAUGCUACUGGAGGAAAAAGUGAAUUUAGGGAAUGGCGUUUCACAAGCAAAAAGGGUGAAGCAGUGGAGGAAAACGACGAAUUCCCGAUCGCAUUAAUGUAAAUGAGCUAUUCGACCUUUCCCAACUGAUAAGGCUACUGUGUUAUUUUUAACUUCAACAUCACACAAAGUUGUUGUCGUUGUCCACCUGCACGGACCUAUUCAGAGUUCUAACUGGAUAUAAAGGAAGCGCUCCAUUAUUGAUAUUUUGUGAAUCAUAUUCAUGGCUCAAGGCAGAUAUAUCUUGAGAAAUGUGUCAGGUCAAAGCACUGAAGAGUGUAUUCCUAAUUAUCUGGGGAUUGACUACAGUUAUCAGUCGGACGUGGACUACCUCAGGUGUGCGGACAGCUUCCAAAAGGGCACCACCAUUAAGCGGCUAAGCCUUAAGAGAAGGCCCAGAGUGGCCAUCAAUAAUGUGGAAAAAACACAGAGUGGCAUUUCAUCCAGCCAGUGGUAUUCUGCAGAAUCCUUGUCGUCAUAUAGCAGUGAUAAUACAAGACUACUGGGCAUGUCUUCUACUACCAAAGGUCGACCUCCUCUUCCUCCACCACAUGGUUCCUCGAUGGAUAACAAACCCUCCAGGAAUGAAGGGCCAGCUACCUCUCAGAUACUUAGUGAGUCAAAGCCUCAGCCUGCUGCAAGAUCUCUUGUUUUACAAAGACAAACCCCUGUGCUGGAAAAGACCAUUGUGGAGACCCACAAACAUUUGGACCAGGAGGUGAAGAGCCAGCCUCCACCUCAGCCCCAUCCUCGUCGUCGACUGGCCAGUUUUGGAGGGGUAAGCUCCCCUGGGUCACUAUCCCCGUUCACAGGCCUAGGUGCAUAUAAUCAGAACAACAAUGGGAAUAAGCCUAGUGGCACAGGAGGUGAUAUCCAUGUCCAGCUUAGCUCAUCGCUGGGCAGUAGAGGCAGUACUGGAUGCCUUAAGCUAAGCCCACAGAGCUCUGGUAGAACCACCCCAGUUACAACUGUUGGCCCCUUUCACCUGCAGCAUGUCCGUGACCAGAUGGUAGUAGCCCUGCAGAGGCUGAAGGACCUGGAGGAGCAAGUGAAAAUCAUCCCUAUCCUCCAGGUAAAAAUCUCAGUCCUUCAGGAGGAAAAGAGGCAUCUGGUCUCUCAGCUCAAGAUCCAGAGUGACAAUAAGGACAUGAAUGAUGUGAUCUGGAAGAGCGCAUAUAGCAUGGAAAGGUCUGACAUUGAGAACAAAGUGAAUACCGAAGAUGGACUUGAGGGCAGAGUGAGAAGUGACUGCACCGACCUCAAGGAGUUCAAGCAACUGGCUGAAGAGAUGCAGACAUUGAAAAGAACCAUCAAGGGAAGGCAUUUGCAAGCGUGGCACGGAAAAGGCCAUAACCAUCUGCAUGACAAGUCUAUGAAGUCAGUUGCAGUUGUAACUGAUAAAGAUAUAGAUAUUACCUUGUCUAAACCAACAAAAGAAAACAAAUAUGUAUAUACUGAUAAAGUAGAGACCAGGUCCAUUGCAACAGGAGUGUCUGAAGUUAAUCUUGGAAUUUACACAGAACAGGAAGCAGAGCUUGAUGCACAACAACUAAUAAUUGGUGCCUUGAAUGAGAGAAUUUGUCACUUAGAGGCAGAGUUGAAAGAAUCAGCACUCCAGACAGAGAUGAGUCGUCUGAAACUGGAGCUUCAGACUGCAGGAGCUAGGAACCGAACUGAUAAAGCCUCCUUUGCUAGGCCAUCCACUGUGAGCACAGGCAUCGAUGCAAGGCCUCACACCAAAAGCCAGGGAGUGGGUAAUCACACAGAGCACCGAGACGCCAGCACAGGGGAGGUUACAGAGGUGAAGACUAUGGGAGUAUCUUGCUGUAGGCCUGAACUGAAGGAUGUUUGCACAGGACCAGAUGUACCCAUGAGCCACUGGGAUGUCAGGGAGCGAGUGGAGACCAUGGAAAAGGGUGUGGGGAUCCAGGUUUUUACAAACACAGAAGGAGUUGGGAUGGAGAUAAAGCUAUGUGAUGCAGAAACCAACACAGAGGUAACAGUGGAGAAUCUGAGGUCUAAUAAAGGAAAGAUUGAGUAUCAUUCGGUGGCUUGUGGGGACUGUUCUGUUGAUGUGAUCAUCUCUGAGGCAAAGGAAAUGGUUUCUCAAGGUAUUGCCACAGUCAGAGGAGUGGAUCUUGGAAUUAUGGCAUCACCUCAGACAGCUUCUCAGCGUACCAACACUGUAUCCAAUUCAGUGUCUCGCUUUACCAAUACCAGACAUGCCUUCAACACAGACUCCAGCACUAAUACUGUCCUAAGUACCCAGGAAAAGCACACCAACACCACUCAGACUGUUACUAGGACAGUGUCAGUAGGCAACAGGGACAGCAAAUGCACCCCAUUGACACGUACAAUUGGUGUUGGAACUUCAAAUAUUAUAGCGAGUGCCUUAAAACAAACCCCAGAAAUAGUCACCAAGGUAACACGAGACACUGGUGUUGGAUUCACGGACAUUAAUGAGAAUUUCCUGGUUGGACUGAAAACCCGAAAUAUGGCCUCUGGACCGUCCCAUCUACCGGACCCCAUCAAGACAAGGAGCAUCGGUGUAGGGGAGGGGAGGAUAUGGGAUUUGUCAGUUUCAUCCAGGAAACCUGGCCAGAUGUUCCAGGAAUCUUCACAUUCCCAGUGGGACCCUGAGCUGAACCAUUACAUAGAGAAGAUGCAUAGGCUCCUCGGGGAACAUGGGGACCUGCUCACAGAGGACAACACUCACCAGAGGGAAGGGUUUGUCCAGCAGCACAGUAGCAGAGGAAAUGCCAGCUCCACACUGUCCUGCAACAACAAAGCUGCAGCACAGGCAGAAACAGUCCAUCUUUUAGACUCUCAGCCACCAGUCAGCAGAGAGUUUCAGUCUUCACUUCAACUGUCAGUUGACUCUUCUAAGUGUGACAAAGCAAAGCCCGGAAUCUGCCAACAGGGUGGCAAUGAUUCAGAGGUGAAAAGAAUGAUACAGAUGUUAGAACAACAGGCAUCCUCUGCUCUGCAAGACAGGUCAACUAAUGACAGUGUGCUGCAGUCUGUAAAGAAGAAACAGACUGGUGACCAAGGCUGUAGCAGCAACAGGAAGAGCAUGAAGUUUAUGAGGGUGACCACAGGAUUGGACCCCAUGUCAUCUUAUGCACUCUCUGUUAGUGAUAAGGCAGAGGAAGUAGAAAGGAGAGGAACCAAAAAAUUAAAGGAGGCUUCUCAAGAUGCGAUGCAAGCAAAAAAGGCCAAAGGUGUCUCCAACAAGGGAUCGAAAGGGUCUGCAAAAUCACACACACAACAGAGGUGCAAGUUAAGUGAAAAGAUGUUUUCUGCUUGUCAAGCCUUAAAGUUGCACCUGAGUGAUGACACAGCUUUAUCCAGCAGGGAAUUGCAAGACUGUCUGCAAACACUCCAGAAAGAGUGGUUCUCUGUGUCCAGCCACAAGUCAGCUGCUCCUGAGACGGUGGAGGAUUACUUGUCUAUGUUUCGGGUCAUUUCUCCCUCAGUAUUGCAACAUAUAGCUAAUAUGGCUGACGGCAAUGGAAACACAGCUCUGCACUACAGUGUGUCUCACUCCAGCUUUGCAAUUGUCAAGAAAUUGCUUGAUGCAGAUGUGUGUAACGUGAAUCAACAGAACAAGGCAGGUUACACAUCUAUCAUGCUGGCUGCACUCGCAGCUGUGGAAAGUCCAGAGGACAUGAGAAUUGUGGAGCAGCUCUUCACAAAGGGAGACGUCAAUGCCAAGGCCAGCCAGGCUGGUCAGACAGCUCUGAUGCUGGCUGUGAGCCAUGGCAGGAUGGACAUGGUGCAGUCCCUCCUGGCACAGGGGGCGCAGGUCAAUCUCCAGGAUGACGAGGGCUCCACGGCACUGAUGUGUGCAAGCGAGCACGGGCAUGCUGACAUUGUUAGACUACUUCUGUCACAGCCAGACUGUGAUGCCACCCUGACUGACAGUGAUGAAAGUACAGCCCUGUCCAUUGCACUGGAGGCAGGACAUAAUGACAUUGCAGUGCUCCUUUACGCACAUGCCAACUUCUCCAAAGGACAGACAGGGGCAGCUGCUCGUCACUGUGGCAAGCCUCUCUCUUCCUCUGGUGGUAGAAAUAUUUUUGAAUGAGCUGAUACCCUGAAGUCUGAAUGCUUACUUCUUGAAUCUUCUGAGCAUGUUCUCCUUUGAGAAAAAAUAUCUGAAACCAUCCAUCCAUCCAUCUAUCCAUCGUCAACCGCUUAUCCUGCCUACAGGGUCACGGUGGGGCUGGAGCCAAUCCCAGCUGACAUCGGGCGCAAGGCGGGGUACCCCUGGACAGGUCGAUAUCUGAAACCAAAAGGAAGAAAUUUUCAUUUUGUAUUAAUUCCCCAAAAUCCCAUUAUCUCUGUCCAUGUAUAUGGAUGUGCUCUGCUAAUAACAGGCUAGAUAGCUGCAGCACACUAAACAGCAUAUAGCCUUAACUUCUAUGCAAAUUUCACUUUGGCCCAUUCAGAGUGCGUAAUCUGUAAUACUACUGCUAACAACAUACACUGUAAGCUACAGUGCAAGUUUGUACUUUGUCUUACUUUCCCUGCAGGGGCUCACUGACACACCCCUCCAGCAGCUGAAAGGAAAAAGAUUAUUUCCCCAGAACUUUCUUUCAGCUAUAAUAAAAAAACUACUGACAAUUAACUAAAAAUAAAAAAAGAUGUUGACAUUAUUUUUGACUACAAAGGGAUGACUAAAUGUAAUAUCAGUUGGGCUUUAAAUCAUUAUACAUAGUAGACAAACAGCAGAAACUUCUAGUAAUAAAGUUCUGUAUCAUGAUGACUGGAGGGAAUGAAUAUGCCACACCAAAGAGCUGAAAUUGCAAUAUGUUUAACAUUUAUUUUCUCUUCCAACAAAUUCCAGUGUAGUGUAACCCUGCUGUAAAACAAAAAAAUAAACAGCAAUUUACUUAUCAAUAUAAAAAUUCUUUACAGCAUACACUUUGAUCUUUGUUCAAUGUGUUAUCAGCGAUGAUGAUUCAGAAUGAACUCAUUCAACUUUAGUGUUUUGUUUUUUCAUGCAGCAUCAUCAGCCAUUUUGUCCUACAUGAAGACACUAUUUUCUGCCAAGUUGGUAACAGUUUUGGUAAUUUAACAUGAGAUACUUAUGUGCUAAUGUUUUUGUCAGUGCCACUGGUUUUAAGUGAGCAGGGCUCAGUUGGAAAAAGGUGAUGUGAUACUAGUUGUUUAGGGGUUGUUUGCUCAUGUUGCCAGGCCAUUGUCGGUAAAAUGUGACCAAACCACACCAACACAAUCCUGAUGAAGCAGAUUAGAUUUUGGUGUUAACUCUUAAUAAAUAAUAAUCCCUCAAACUUUCAAUUCAAGUCACAAAUAUUAAUGUUGUAAGGACCUAAGAUUUGAAACAAUGUUUUCAGGAGCUUUAAUGUAGAAACUUAGGAGACCUUUAGUCUAGCUAGAGUAAGGCUAUGAAAGUAAGAAAUAGAAGUUAAGUAUCGUAUGACAAAUGGCUUUGGCCAGCUGCUAGAAGAACUACUCAACAGUGGCAUGAAAGCACUGCUGUGGAUUGCAUGUUCAACUCAUGUGCUUCAUGAUUUCUCUCUGGUUCCACUGAAUUCCAGUCCCAGCCACACAAGUCUCUGUCUGCAUAGUGCUAUGUCAUUAUGUGUUUGACCUUAUGUGAAGAACAUGCAACAGGAUCUUAUAUUUCUAUCCUGUUGUCUUGUGUAUAUCCUUAAUUUCCUGUGGUGCGAGUUCUGACAUUGUGUGCUGUUUUCCAGCAGUGUUUUGCACAUGUUGGGGGGGGGGAAUGAACAAAAUGAUUCACAGAAACCAGAUGUGUUUCAACAUGAGCCCAAACUAGAAAAAGUCCACUGUUAUUUCUGCAAUUGUUACAGCUCAGCAGCACAGUGUUGUAGAGAUGUUUUUCUUGCUGUCUUGGCACAGAAAUCAAGUGUAAUGUGAGUCGCUAUAAAGGCAUUAAUCACCCUGCUGGAAUUCUGGGGCUGCACAUACAAAUGCAAGAGAUCUUUAGUCAGACAUUGGGGGGACCAAGUGGGGGCGGUAAAUGUAAUGAUUUACAUUUUUAAAGUUGCAGUAAGAUACUAAUGGUCUGUGUUGCUGGUUUGAACAGUUUGUGUCUGUCAGUCAAA